AUGAAUCCUAUUGUGGUAGAAAAGUUAGAUUCUAGUAAAAUUAACCUGAAUCCUGCGCCGAAGAAGAAAGGUGUUCUUGUUGCGUCUUCUGGAGCACUCUUUAGGCUAUUUGGAGUGCAUACAGCGUCCCCCACCAGGAGAUCCAUUUUCGAGGAGCCGCCCAAGGUCGCUGAGGAAACAUUCACCAAACGCACAUUGUCUACUAGAGUCUCGUAUCCGGUCUUCGACUUAGAAUUCGCUUUUAGUUUUCAAGAUGACAGCUGGCGAUGGGAUCACAUUGCCAUUUUUGAGGGCGGAGAAGAGGUCGGCCGUACAGACAUGAACAUCAGUGUGCCUUGGAAUUACUCCUAUUAUUGUCCAGAACCCAUAAGCAUAUUAAACAGAAGGGAUGGAAGUUCUAUAACCAUAAAUCAAUACCAGAUUCAACCACGCGAAAUGUUUAGUCUUAAAAAGUAUGAACGACAAGAUGAUGAACCUGAACCAGCUGAAACUGAAGCACCACCUGAAACUGAAGCUCCACCGCCACCAGCUCCUGAUGCGCCAGCGGUUCCUGAUGCGCCAGCGGUUCCUGAUGCGCCAGCGGUUCCUGAUGUGCCACCGGGUCCUGGAGCUCCAGGGGCACCAGAUUCACCGGAGUCACCGGAUCAAGAUAUGAACAUAACGUUCAAUAAAAUGGUCCAUUGUGGGCCAUAUUUCACUAGCACCAUACUUAGUUCUCUAAUGGUUGUAUGUUUCUGUCUAAGUAUCGCCAUGUAUGGUAUUAUAACUCUCUUCAAUUGUGUGUCCAAUAAUCGGUUUGAAGAUCCGAAUAGUAAGCCAUUGACCCAUGAUGUCUUGCAUUGA